AUGGAAUUCGGAAUUGACUGGCCGGAACCGUUGAAUUGCAGCCGAUUUCCAGAAGCACCGAAUCUGUGCAUGAAACCAACCAACGACCAGAAUAGUUAUCUGGGGCCAGAACAGUUUGAUGCGGAUCAUCGAGAGCCAGUGCCAAGUCUGGAAGAACGGAUAUUUUCUAAAACGAUGACGUCCUGUCCACAUGAUCUAGUUAACCUGGACCCGACUGAUCGUCGUGGUUUAUGCGUUUUCCAAUGUAAUCGUGAAGGGAUGUUUGAUGUUUCCAAAAAGGAAUUUGCUCGAUUUUGGAUGCUUUUAUGGGCUUCUGUCAAUCUUGGUGUUACCGCUUUCACUGUUCUUACAUUUAUCAUUGAUCGACAGCGUUUUCGUUUUCCUGAAAGAUCAGUAUUCUAUCUGUCAGCCUGUUAUAUGCUUUUUUCAUUGCCGCCGUUAAGUCGAGCAGUUUUUCCAUAUGAACGGAUUGUUUGCGACAAAUUACCAACCGGACAAAUGUUCCUUAUCGUUGGAACAUUGGACAAUACAUCAUGUGUCACGUCUUUCAUACUCACUUACUAUUUCUCCGUUGCUAGCAGUUUAUGGUGGCUUAUGCUUACUUUUACAUGGUACCUCUCAGCUGCUCGUAAAUGGGUUCCGGAAGGUAUCGAUGCAUGGAGUAGUUAUCUUCACUUGGUUGCUUGGGCAUUACCGGCUAUUUUAACCAUUGCAGUACUCACCACCCAUAAGGUGGAUGCAAACGAAUUAACAGGUCUAUGUUCAGUCGGUAAUGUUGAUCCGUGGGCUUUAUUUGGCUUUAUAAUUGUACCGAAGUUAAUUUUUGUUGUGGUUGGCAGUUGUUUGAUUGUCGCUGGUUUCUCAAGCAUGUGCCGAGAACGUGAUUCUUUCAGGAGACGAGGAACGGAUACAUCAAAACUGGAGAAGCUAAUGGUGAAAAUGGGUAUCUUCAGUGCGCUUUAUAUUAUUCCGGCAAUAACAAUAAUUAUCUGCGACACUUACCAUAUGUUUAUUCUAAUGCAGUGGCAUCCAGCAACCAUUGCUUGCAAACUACAUGGCGGAAUUGAAAAGGGUCACUGUAAAAGGCCUCCAUUACCACAGGUUGAAUUGUAUUUUUUGAAUAUAUUUAUGUCACUGGUGAUUGGGAUUUCAACAGGAAUGUGGACUAUUUCGUCGAAAACAUUCCAUUCCUGGCAACGAGCUAUCUGUUGUGGUCUAUGCUCUACAGCACCUGCGAAAUACGGUUCCGGUGGUGGAGCGACCAGUACGGUAACCAAUUCUGCAACCCUUGCUGCAGUUGGAGCUAAUCGACCACUUAUUCCAGUAGCAAAUCCACCACCCGCUCCACCACCGCAUCACCAAUAUAUGCCGAUGACCAUAUGCUCCUUACCACCAAACCAUGUUGCUGUAGCGCAAAAUGCUGCUUCUGCUACUGCUUGGAAGCAGUCGAAAAUUAUGUAA